AGUGAAGAGGGCUAGAGAAGAGACUGGCUUCGCUCGGAACUCCCUAGGCUUGGAGAUGUGAUUCCCCCAAAAGUUUAUUGGGCGGAUGGGAGACCCGAGGGUGACGGGCGGGGGGCAGUCGCGCCGAGGAUGCUCCGGUGAGGCGGGCGGCAGGAUUCUAGCGCGCUCCUUCUCAGAUCGCCUGUCCGGUGACCUCCUGGAUCUGCUCCCGCGGAACCCGGACUUGCCCCUCAGAGAUGACGAGGAGUAAUUCUGCUACAGGGCUGAUUGCAAAGACGUGAAUACUUGACCUCACGCCAACGUCAGAACCUCAGAUGUCAUCCUAACUCCUCCACCAUCCCAGACAAGUUGACUUUCUAUGGAAAUAACAUUGAACCUUCCGGGUCUGAUGGAAAUUCACUGUGACAUUCCAAUCAAGAGAACUGGCUGAAACCCACCGAGCCUUUUCCCCAUGGGCCCUAAUGGUGGCCUCCAGCAGACGCAGCCUCAGGUGGUCCUCUUACUGCUCUGGCAAGAGUGAACGUUGGGGCUGGGUUUGCACCACCACCUGUGGAGAAGAUGGUAUGCGAGGGAAAGCGCUCAGCCUCCUGCCCCUGCCUCUUCCUGCUGACCGCCAAGUUCUACUGGAUUCUCACCAUGAUGCAAAGAACUCACAGCCAGGAGUACGCUCAUUCUAUCCGCAUGGAUGGGGAUAUCAUUCUGGGGGGUCUGUUCCCUGUCCACGCCAAGGGGGAGAGAGGGGUGCCUUGUGGGGAACUGAAGAAGGAGAAGGGGAUCCACAGGCUUGAAGCCAUGCUUUAUGCAAUUGACCAGAUUAACAAGGACCCUGAUCUCCUGUCCAACAUCACUCUGGGUGUCCGAAUCCUUGACACGUGCUCCCGGGACACCUAUGCUUUGGAGCAAUCGCUGACUUUCGUGCAGGCGUUGAUAGAGAAGGAUGCUUUCGACGUGAAGUGUGCUAACGGGGACCCGCCCAUUUUCACCAAGCCCGACAAGAUUUCUGGCGUCAUAGGUGCUGCAGCCAGCUCCGUGUCCAUCAUGGUUGCUAACAUUCUAAGACUUUUUAAGAUACCUCAAAUCAGCUAUGCAUCCACAGCCCCAGAGCUGAGUGAUAACACCAGGUAUGACUUUUUCUCUCGGGUUGUCCCGCCUGACUCCUACCAAGCGCAAGCCAUGGUGGACAUUGUGACAGCGCUGGGGUGGAAUUACGUGUCGACGCUGGCGUCUGAGGGGAACUACGGAGAGAGCGGCGUGGAGGCCUUCACCCAGAUCUCCAGGGAGAUAGGCGGUGUUUGCAUUGCUCAGUCACAGAAAAUCCCACGUGAACCAAGACCUGGAGAAUUUGAAAAAAUCAUCAAACGCCUCCUAGAAACGCCGAAUGCUAGAGCAGUGAUUAUGUUUGCCAAUGAGGAUGACAUCAGGAGGAUAUUGGAAGCUGCAAAAAAAUUAAACCAAAGUGGUCAUUUUCUCUGGAUUGGUUCAGAUAGUUGGGGAUCCAAAAUUGCUCCAGUCUACCAGCAGGAGGAGAUUGCAGAAGGGGCUGUGACGAUUUUGCCUAAAAGGGCUUCAAUUGACGGGUUUGAUCGAUACUUUAGAAGCCGCACGCUUGCCAACAACCGAAGAAAUGUGUGGUUUGCAGAAUUUUGGGAGGAGAAUUUUGGAUGCAAGUUGGGAUCACACGGGAAGAGGAACAGCCAUAUCAAGAAGUGCACAGGGCUGGAGCGCAUUGCACGGGAUUCAUCGUAUGAGCAGGAAGGGAAGGUCCAGUUUGUCAUUGAUGCGGUCUAUUCCAUGGCAUAUGCCCUGCACAAUUUGCACAAGGAUCUCUGUCCCGGGUACAUUGGCCUGUGUCCACGGAUGAGUGUCAUCGACGGGAAGGAGCUCCUUGGUUACAUCCGAGCUGUCAAUUUUAAUGGUAGCGCUGGAACACCUGUCACUUUUAAUGAAAACGGAGAUGCUCCUGGACGUUAUGACAUCUUCCAGUAUCAAAUAACCAACAAAAGUACCGAGUACAAAAUCAUUGGGCACUGGACCAAUCAGCUUCAUCUAAAAGUGGAGAGCAUGCAGUGGGCGAACAGGGAGCUCGCUCCCCCGGCUUCUGUCUGCAGCUUGCCUUGCAAGCCCGGGGAGAGGAAGAAGAAGGUGAAGGGGGUGCCCUGCUGUUGGCACUGCGAGCGCUGCGAGGGUUACAACUACCAGGUGGACGAGCUCUCCUGCGAACUCUGCCCUCUGGACCAGAGGCCCAACGUCAACCGCACGGGCUGCCAGCUCAUCCCCAUCAUCAAGCUGGAGUGGCAUUCUCCCUGGGCGGUGGUGCCCGUGUUCAUCGCCAUCCUGGGCAUCAUCGCCACCACCUUCGUGAUUGUCACCUUCGUGCGCUACAACGACACGCCGAUCGUGAGGGCUUCAGGCCGGGAGCUCAGCUACGUGCUCCUCACCGGCAUCUUUCUCUGCUACUCCAUCACCUUUCUGAUGAUCGCAGCCCCGGACACCGUCAUCUGCUCCUUCCGGAGGAUCUUCCUGGGCCUGGGCAUGUGCUUCAGCUACGCGGCCCUGCUCACCAAGACCAACCGCAUCCACCGCAUCUUCGAGCAGGGCAAGAAGUCCGUCACGGCCCCCAAGUUCAUCAGCCCAGCGUCGCAGCUGGUCAUCACCUUCAGCCUCAUCUCCAUCCAGCUCCUCGGGGUGUUUGUGUGGUUCGUGGUGGACCCGCCCCACAUCAUCAUAGACUACGGGGAGCAGCGGACCCUGGACCCCGAGAACGCCAGGGGAGUGCUCAAGUGUGACAUCUCGGACCUCUCACUCAUUUGCUCCCUCGGAUACAGUAUCCUCUUGAUGGUGACUUGUACUGUUUACGCCAUCAAGACACGAGGCGUCCCAGAGACUUUCAACGAGGCCAAGCCCAUCGGGUUCACCAUGUACACCACCUGCAUCGUCUGGCUGGCCUUUAUUCCCAUCUUUUUCGGCACAGCCCAGUCCGCAGAGAAGAUGUACAUCCAGACGACAACACUCACAGUCUCCAUGAGUUUGAGUGCUUCGGUUUCUCUGGGUAUGCUCUAUAUGCCCAAGGUUUAUAUUAUCAUUUUCCACCCAGAGCAGAAUGUUCAGAAACGCAAGAGGAGCUUCAAGGCGGUGGUAGCCGCAGCCACCAUGCAAAGCAAACUGAUCCAAAAGGGAAACGACAGACCAAAUGGCGAGGUGAAAAGUGAACUCUGUGAGAGUCUUGAAACCAACAGUAAGUCAUCCGUAGAGUUUCCGAUGGUCAAGAGCGGGAGCACUUCCUAAUAGAUCUUCUUCUACCAAGACAACAUAUAUCAGCUACAGCAAUCAUUCAAUCUGAAACAGGGAAAUGAUGCAAUCUGAAGAAAUACACUAUGUGAUCUUCAACAAUGAAUCGCCAAAAAACUCACUCCUGGACAUCUCUGUAGACUACAAUCAAUCGAACCUAUAGUCAGUCUCUUAAGGAACAAAAAAUUAGCCACGAGCCAAAAGUCUCAAUAACGGGGAUUGAGGAAACCUGUUUUACAACAUACAAUCUAUGAGUGUAAAGCUAAAGUAUCGCUUACUCAUGAGAAGUAAAAAAAAAAUAAAAAUAAAAAAAUAAAAAAAGGAAACCUAAUGUUAGCUUGUGAAAAAAAAUGCUGUUGAAACAAACCAUGUCUGAUGUUAUUCUUGUAAGUAUUUUUCUGUGACUGUGAGAACUCCCCUUCCUGUCCCACUUGUUCAACUUGUAAAGACGAUGAGUCUGUUUCUUGUACUGGCUGACCGGAUUGAAGCCCUGGGUUGUGCUGAAAAAUAAAUGCCAUGGUUGACGCAUGCAAUUUUUUAUACAAAUAAUUUAUUUCUAAUAAUAAAGGAAUGUUUUGCAAAUGUU